AAUCUGAUAAUCUCUAUCCUUAUUAUGACAGAUAUCAAGGUUGAUAUACACUAAUUCAGGCAAUGCUAUUCUGGCAUUAGCUUCAAAUGCCAUUCAUCUGCUUUGGAAGUGGCCGCGAAGUGACCGUAAUUCUUCUGGCAAGGCCACUGCCAGUGUGCCACCUCAGCUAUGGCAACCUUCAAGUGGCAUCCUGAUGACAAAUGACAUUGCUGUUCCUUGCUUUGCUCUUUCUAAAAAUGAUUCUUAUGUAAUGUCAGCAUCAGGGGGGAAGAUUUCUCUGUUCAAUAUGAUGACUUUUAAGACAAUGACUACUUUCAUGCCUCCACCACCUGCUGCAACCUUUCUUGCUUUCCAUCCUCAGGAUAACAAUAUCAUUGCUAUAGGCAUGGAUGAUUCUUCAAUUCAGAUAUAUAAUGUCCGUGUAGAUGAGGUUAAAAGUAAACUCAAAGGCCACACUAAAAGAAUCACAGGUCUUGCUUUCUCUCAUGUAUUGAAUGUCUUAGUUUCUUCUGGGGCAGAUGCUCAGAUUUGUGUGUGGAAUACUGAUGGAUGGGAGAAACAGAAGACUAGAUUCUUGCAACUUCCUGCUGGAAGGACUCAACCAGUGCAGGCAGAUACACGUGUACAGUUUCAUCAGGAUCAGAUACGCUUCUUGGUUGUACAUGAAACGCAGCUUGCAAUUUAUGAAGCAACGAAACUAGAAUGUCUAAAGCAGUGGUUUCCACAAAGUUCUGCUGCACCUAUAUCGCAUGCAACUUUCUCAUGCGAUAGUCAGCUCAUAUACGCCAGCUUCUUAGAUGCAACAGUCUGUGUGUUUAGUGCUUCAAACCUCAGAUUACGCUGUCGAGUCAAUCCUUCUGCAUAUCUUUCUGCAGGUGUCAGCAGUUCUAAUGUACAACCGCUUGUAAUCGCUGCACAUCCACAAGAACCAAAUCAAUUUGCAGUUGGACUUUCGGACGGUGGAGUGCAUGUGUUUGAGCCCCUCGAGUCUGAAGGAAAAUGGGGCGUGCCUCCACCCAUCGAGAAUGGGUCAGCAAGCAAUGCAGCAGCUGUCUCAGUUGGUGCUUCUUCAGAAGAAGCUGCCCAGAGAUGAUCCAAAGUCACAGCCAAAGACAAGUUUCUUUUACAUACUUGGCUUGCUGGCCCUUUCAAGAAGCAACCCACUAGUUUAUGUACUGUACUUAAAUGCAAUUGCCAAUACGCCUCAAAUUCUUUUCUUUUCUUUAAGUUAAAUGAUGAUAUUUAUAGAUGUAGGAUAUGUUGAGUACUUCCGCCAAGUAACAUUGGUUGGUCCAUCUCCAUCCUAACUUGUUCUUUUGUGUAGUCAUGUUAAGUAUAAACUACCGUCGCUUUCUAACUUGGCCAAUCGUAUCUUUAUCUUCCUCA